AUGGCGCAGCCAGACAGUAAGAAAAUAUUCUUUGAGAACCUGUCGGGAUCCGGGAAAGCCAUCGCUGUACUGACAAGCGGAGGGGAUGCUCAAGGAAUGAAUGCCGCUGUACGCGCUGUGGUCCGGAUGGGGCUGUAUGUGGGAGCAAAGGUUUAUUUUAUACGAGAGGGGUACCAGGGUAUGGUGGAUGGUGGGGAGAACAUAAAGGAGGCCACAUGGGAAAGUGUGUCCAGCAUGCUACAAGUGGGUGGGACCGUGAUCGGCAGCGCCCGCUGCAAGGAGUUCCGCUCCCACGAGGGGCGGCUGAAGGCCGCUCACAACCUGGUGCAGCGUGGCAUCACCAACCUGUGCGUGAUUGGUGGAGACGGCAGCCUUACCGGAGCCAACCUCUUCAGGGAGGAGUGGAGCGGCCUGCUGGCGGAGCUCGUCGAGCAAGGACUGAUCGAGGCCGAUGCGGUCCAGAAGUACUCGGCCCUUCACAUCGUGGGGAUGGUGGGCUCCAUCGACAACGACUUCUGCGGAACCGACAUGACCAUCGGCACCGACUCCGCCUUACACAGAAUCAUCGAGGUGGUGGACGCCAUCAUGACCACGGCACAGAGCCACCAGAGGACGUUUGUGCUGGAAGUCAUGGGCAGACACUGUGGCUACCUGGCCUUGGUGAGCGCGCUGGCUUGCGGAGCAGAUUGGGUUUUGAUCCCCGAAAUGCCUCCAGAGGACGGAUGGGAGGACAAGAUGUGUCAGAAACUGUCAGCGACCCGUUCCAGGGGCACAAGGCUGAACAUAAUCAUAGUUGCAGAGGGAGCCAUUGACAGGCAUGGGAAACCAAUAACCUCUAGUUUUGUCAAAGAUAACCGUGCGGGGAUGAAAAGGCUGAAUAUCAUAAUUGUAGCCGAGGGGGCGAUUGAUCGUAACAACAAAGCCAUUACCACUGACUAUGUAAAGAAUCUUGUUGUCAAAUGCCUGGGUUUCGACACACGAGUUACAAUCUUGGGGCACGUGCAGAGAGGAGGGACCCCAUCAGCCUUUGACCGCAUCUUGGCUAGCCGCAUGGGCGUGGAGGCUGUUCUGGCCCUUCUGGAGACCACAGCCAACACGCCGGCCUGUGUGGUCUCGCUGUGCGGCAACCAGUCGGUGCGCCUGCCUCUGAUGGAGUGCGUACAGAUGACGCAAGAAGUCCAGAAGGCCAUGGAUCACAAGCGGUUCGAGGAGGCGGUGAAGCUUCGGGGCAGGAGCUUCGAAAACAACCUGAGGACGUACAAACUGCUGGCACAUCGCAAACCAGAAUCCGAACUGCCGACGAGCAACUUCAACGUGGCGGUGCUGAAUGUCGGCGCCCCCGCCGCGGGCAUGAACGCAGCUGUCCGCUCAGCCGUCAGGGUGGGCAUCUCCGAGGGGCACAAAAUGUUCGCCGUCAACGACGGCUUUGAAGGAUUCUACAAAGGACAGAUAAAAGAAAUCAAAUGGGGGGACGUUGGAGGAUGGACAGGACAGGGUGGCUCCCUGUUGGGAACUAAAAGAACGCUUCCUGCAAAGCAUGUUGACAAAAUUGCUGAGCAGAUGCGAAAGCACAAUAUAAAUGCACUUCUGGUUAUUGGUGGAUUUGAGGCCUUCCUGUCACUGCUGGAAUUGUUAACGGCUCGUGGGAAAUAUGACGAGUUCUGUGUGCCCAUGGUCAUGGUUCCAGCCACUGUCUCCAACAAUGUGCCUGGCACAGACCUCAGCAUUGGCGCCGACACGGCUCUGAACGCCAUCACUACUGCGCUUGAAUGUCUGCUGCAGCUGUAUGAGGCUCGUGCUACCUUUGAGGAGUUUUGCAUCCCGAUGUGUAUGCUGCCUGCCACCAUAAGUAACAAUGUGCCGGGCACAGACCUAAGUAUUGGGGCAGACACGGCCCUCAAUGCUAUUGUGGAGACCUGCGACCGCAUCAAGCAGUCGGCCAGCGGGACCAAGCGGCGCGUGUUCAUCAUCGAGACCAUGGGCGGCUACUGCGGGUACCUGGCCACCGUGGGAGGCCUGGCGGCGGGGGCCGACGCCGCGUACAUCUACGAGGAGCCGUUCGACAUCAGAGACCUGCAGGCUAACGUGGAACAUCUGACGGAGAAAAUGAAAACCAGCAUUCAAAGAGGACUGGUCCUGAGGAACGAGAACAGCAACGAGAACUACACCACAGACUUCAUAUACCAGCUGUACACAGAAGAAGGGAAGGGCGUGUUUGACUGCAGGAAGAAUGUCCUGGGACACAUGCAGCAGGGCGGAGCCCCGUCUCCGUUCGACCGCAACUUCGGGACCAAGAUCUCAGCCAAGGCCAUGCAGUGGCUCUCCCAGAGGCUGGAGGAGACCUUCCGACGAGGCCGAGUGUUUGCCAACACGGAGGACACCUGCUGCCUGCUGGGGAUGCGGGCCAGGGCCCUGGUCUUCCAGCCAGUCGUGCAGCUCAGGGAGGACACCGACUUUGUGCACAGGAUCCCCAAAGAGCAGUGGUGGCUGAAGCUGCGCCCCCUGAUGAAGAUCCUGGCCAAGUACAAGACCAGCUACGACGUGUCCGACUCGGGCCAGAUGGAGCACGUCAUCCACACCCGGCCCAAAGAGUCGGACGCCUCGGUGGCCAUGUGA